CAUCUAUUAAAAAUGGAACAUCAAACCGAAAGGGCCUUCCAAAAGCAAGCUGGUAUUUUCCAAAACUCCAAGGAUCUUAAGAAGCGUAACCAACGUUGGUACAAGGAUGUUGGUUAUGGUUUCCAAACCCCCAAGGAAGCCAUCAACGGUACCUACAUCGAUAAGAAGUGUCCUUUUGUUGGUGAAGUCAACAUUCAAGGUCGUAUCCUUUCUGGUGUCGUUGUCUCUACCAAGAUGAAGCGUACCCUUAUCGUUCGUCGUGAUUAUCUUCACUAUGUUCCCAAGUACAACCGUUACGAAAAGCGUCACAGAAACAUCCCUGCUCAUGUUUCUCCUGCUUUCGAUAACUCUGCCAUUGAAGUUGGUGAUGUUGUUACCAUUGGUCAAUGUCGUCCUCUCUCUAAGACCGUUCGUUUCAACGUUAUCAAGGUCACCAAGGCUAAGUCUGCCUCCAAGUCUUUCUCCAAGUUCUAAGUUUAUUAAAACUUAAAUAAAACGAAAGCAAUAUUUUUUUUAUAUAAUUAUUUGUGUGCGUGUUCAAUAAGAAGCACAAGAUGAAUUACUUUAUUUAAAUUUAAACACUUAAAAAUUUUCCCUUAAUUUUAUCUGACUUCAUAUUUUCUUGAUUUCUUUCCCUUUUUUCCCUUUUUCCCCUCUUGACUAAAGUAAGUUUGUUACUUAUGAUUUGAACUAGAAGUCUUUUAAUAUUUCUCAUUCAGAAAAUUAAAAAAAAAAGGAAUUAAACAUACAAAGUAUUACUUUUUUUUUCCUUUUUGAUAAACUAUUUCUUAUUAUCA